AUGUUUCAUGGAGCCUCGGAAUUUUUUGUGACAACAGAUCUUCUCCAUAAUCAAAAAUGGCACCCCCAGUAUAUGCUGACCUUGGAAAAAGUGCCAGAGAUCUUUUUUCCAAGGGUUAUAAUUAUGGAUUUUUUAAAUUGGAAUGUAAAACCAAAACUUCCAAAGGUGUUUGCUGGCAGUUUGGAAACUAAAUACAAAUGGGAAGAGUAUGGCAUGACUUUCUCUGAAAAAUGGAAUACAGACAAUAUUUUAGCUACUGAGAUCACUGUAGAAGAUCAGAUUGCUAAAGGUCUGAAAGUUUCUUUUGAUACUUCUUUUGCUCCUCAAACUGGUAAAAGGAGCGGAAAAAUAAAGACUGCAUACAAAAAUGAUUACAUCAGUGGUGGUGCUGAUGUUGACUUUGAAUUUGCUGGACCUACAGUUCAUGGUGCAUUGGUCCUUGGAUACAUGGGAUGGUUAGCUGGUUACCAAAUGUCUUUUGAUACUUCCAAAUCGAAGCUCUCAAGAAGCAACUUUGCAGUUGGCUAUUCUGCUGGAGAUUUCACAUUGCAUACAAAUGUAAAUGAUGGUAGUGAAUUUGGUGGCUCUAUCUACCAGCGGGUCAAUUCUAAGCUUGACAUUGGUGUCAACUUAUCAUGGACGGCCAGUAACAAUGCCACUCGAUUUGGGCUUUGUGGAAAAUACAUCCUUGACAAUGAUGCUUCUGUUAGCGCAAAAAUUAACAAUUCCAGUCAACUUGGUCUUGGUUACUCACAAAAAUUGAGAGAUGGUGUUGUGCUAACCUUGUCAGCCCUUGUUGAAGGCAAAAAUUUUAAUGCUGGUGGUCAUAAACUUGGUUUGGGACUUGAUCUUGCAGCAUAA